AUGGAGCAAAAAACGAGGAAGCUCAUCGUGAAUCACAAGAUUUGGUUGCAUAAAGAAAACAAUGAUUCGGAUCAUUGUGCGCUCGGCGGAAUGCGCGGCGACUUCGCCUGGUAUUCGCUGCAAUCGGUGAUAACGGUCCUCAACGUGUCGGCAAUCACCGCCAACAUUUUCUUCAUUUUCGUGUGUCGGAAAGCCGGUGUGAUGCAUAAGAACACUUGCGCAAUGUUGGCCACAAUCUCGUUCUGCUUCGCUGUCAACGCUUCCGCAGGUCUUCUCUACAAUAUAUACUUCUUCGUGAUGGGCAUCAUAGGCUUCCCAAAGACGCCGAUUCAUAGCGGCUGGUGUUCGCUCAUCAAUUCUCUAAUGGUCCCUUGGGACGUUGCCACGUGUGUGCUGAUGGUCGGCGUCGGAACCGAGCGUCUGAUCGCCACGAAGCGUCACAUGCCGAGCGGUACAAUAAGCGGCUACGUUAAAGUGAUAUUCGUGUUGGAUGCGUCGGCGGCUCUUCUCGUAACGAUGAACUACGUCACUAAUUUAACGGAUAAAGGAGUGUGCGUUUGCGACGGCGCCUCGCUCUCGGAACGAUGGGCGAUGUUCAUUCGGAUAUUGACUUGCGCGGCAAUCGAAGCUGGAACAAUUUCGCUAUUCGGCUAUGUUCAUAUUUUGUCAAGAAACGAAGCCGACAGUUUGGGAAUCAAUACGGCAAAGUACUGCCUAACGCAGAGAUUCCAGAUUUACGAGACCUAUCGCACCACACACAUGCUUUUACCCUCCGCUGUUCUUCAUGCUGUAUUGUACCUUUCUUAUUUAUGUCUUUUGAUCCCUAUUAGGGACUUACGGGCUGAGCCAGAUUUGACGCUUCUUCAAUUCAAUCUCUCCACAAUUAUUUUUGCGUUUCCAUCAAUUUACGCAUUGGCGCAUCCUUUGAUUUGCAUGUCCCGACAUUACUACCUACGAAAUCGGGUUGCCGAAAUUCUUCACGGCUGGCUACCAAUGCGCCAAUGCGGCGGCGGCGGCGAUGUAAGCCAUCGCGAUCAGCGUAAAAAUCGCAGUAAAUCACCGGAAUUGAGCAGUAGUCACAGCUUUCGCUCGGAUUGCGGACGCGUCGAAUAUCGAAUCGCGCCCGAGAAACACGCCGAGAUUCUUGAGACGUUUUGGGAGCAGAAGAAGCCUCCAUAG